CCCUGGGCCCAAACUUACGUGGCACAUCACUUGCUCGCGGUUUACGCACGCAAUUCAGUUGUUAUGGCGACUAGAAAGAGUAUAAAGCCUUGGACGUCGUAGGGACCGGCGUUCUUCUCUUUCGGACUGGCCGUGCCUGCCGACGCUGGCACCCUGCACCCUUGCGGCCUGGGCUCUUGAGCACGCGCGAACCCGGGCACGAUGGCUGCCGACUCGGAAGCGUGGCAGGACUUCGGUCAGAAGGUGGACCUGACGGCGCGCAUCCGGGAGAUCCUGCUGAACUAUCCAGAGGGCACGUCCAUUCUGAAAGAGCUGGUGCAGAACGCUGAUGACGCUCGAGCCAGUUGCAUCAAGUUCUGUCUAGACCGGCGCCAGCACGGCACAGGCUCGCUGCUGUCCCCCGCCAUGUCGGCCUUCCAGGGCCCGGCGCUGCUGGCUUACAACGACGGCGUGUUCAGCGACCGCGACCUGGAGUCCAUCAGCCGCAUCGGCGACAGCAAGAAGAAGGAGGAGGAGGGCAAGACAGGCCGCUUCGGCGUGGGCUUCAACUCCUGCUACCACUUGACGGACGUGCCCAGUUUUGUGUCGGGCCGGCACCUGGUCAUCUUCGACCCGCACUGCCGCCACCUGCCCAACAUCUCAGCCACCAACCCAGGCAAGCGCAUCGACUUCGUGACGUACAGCGACGUGGCGGCGCAGUACCGCGACCAGGUGGCGCCGUACUCGGGCGCCUUCGGAUGCAGCCUGGGGGCACCGCAGCAGCAGGGGGAGCAGGGUCCCUGGCAGGGCACGCUGUUCCGCUUCCCGCUGCGCAGCGCGGCGCUCGCGGAGGCGAGCACCAUCUCCAAGCAGGUGUACACGCCCGACUCCAUCCGCGGCCUGCUACAGCAGCUGUGCGUGGAGGCCUUUCAGAUACUGCUGUUCCUCAAACACAUCCAGAGGCUGGAGGUGCACGAGUGGGCGGAGGGCGCGGCCGGGCCGCACCUGCUCUUCAGCUGCCACGUGGCUAAUGCCAGUGCGGCAGUGGCGGACGAGCGCGGCCUGUUCGCGCGCGUCAGCGGUGAGCGGCCCUCCAGCAUGCCGGCAACAGGGCCCGGCGGCGCGCGGCCGCCGCUGCCGGAGCUGCUGCGCAGCUACCAGCUGAGGCUGCAGCGGCAGUGGCACGACCCCGCAGCCAUGGCGCCGCCGCCGGCGCUCGCGGCCGGUGGCGGUGGCGGCGCGGGGGGCGCGGGGGGCGCGGCGUCGUGCAGUGAGGAGCGGGCGUACAUCGUCAGUCAGGCUCGCGGCGGCGGCGAGGUGGCGGAGGUUGCGGAGCAGCUCAGCAAGCACUUUGGCGUGCCGCUGGUGCCGUGGGGUGCGGUGGCGGCGGACGUCACCGCGGCAGUGACGACGCAGCACGGGCCCACGGCGGCGGCGGUGGCGCCGCCGGAGGACGGCCGGGCGUUUUGCUUCCUACCGCUGCCUGCGCGCACGGGUCUGCCCGUGCACGUGAACGGUUAUUUCGAGCUGUCCAGCAACCGCCGCGACAUCUGGCACGGGGAGGACAUGGCUGGCAGUGGCGCGCGGCGCGCCCAGUGGAACUCGCUGCUGCUGGAGCGCGUGGUGGCGCCCGCCUACGCCGCCGCGCUGCAGCAGGCGGCGGAGCAGCUGGGGCCCGGGCCCGCCUACGACCGGCUGUGGCCGGCGGCGGAUGUGGCGGCGCCGUGGCAGACGCUGCUGGUGGCGCUGUACCGGCGCGUAUCGGGCCUGCCCGUGUGCUGGACGCAGCUGCGCGGCGGCCUGUGGGUGGCGCCCAAGGACGGCGUGCUGCGGGACGCGGCGGCCUCGGCGGCCACUGCGGCGGCGGUUGGCGGCGCCGCCAGCAGCCCCGGCGGCGCGCUGGCGGCGGCGCUGGUGGCGGUGGCGGCGCUGCCGCUGCUGGAGCUGCCGCCGGGGGUGGGGGAGCUGAUGACUAAGCACAUGGUUACCAAACCGCGCGUGUGCUCUCCAUUGCUAGCGAGGCAAGCGCUGGCGGCGGCGGCGGCGGCGGCUCCUGCAGGAGGAGCCGCCGCCGCCGUCGCCACUUCCGAGCCGUCGCCCGACCCGCAACUGCGCUCCCACGCCCCCGCACUGCUGGACUACUGCCUCAGUGACCUGGCGGUGCCCUCGCCGGCCGCGGCCGCUGUCGCCGCCGGUGCGGGCGCGGGUGCCGGCCCGGCAGCGGCUGCGGUUGCGGCGGCGGCGGCACAUGCGGCCGCCCAGCUGGCGGGCCUCCGGCUACUGCCGCUGCUUGACGGCACCACCGCGGGGCUGGCGGCGGCGGGCCGCGCCACGCACACCUUCACGACAGCCGCCGCCACCGCGGCAGCCGCGGCGGGUGCCCGCGGCGGCGGCGGCGGCGGCGGCAUGGGCGGCACAGAGCUGCUGCAGGUCUGGCAGCAGCAGCUGCAGGCCCCGGCCCCUUGCUUCUUCGUGCCCACCGCGGAUGAGGCGCGCCUGCUGGCCCGGACCGGCGGCCUGCUGGUGGACUUGUCCGGCCUCAGCGCCGCCGCCGCCGCCAAGCUGGCGGCGCUGGCGGCCAGCCGCGCCCUCAACCUGGCGCCCCUGGACGCGCCCGCGCUGGCGGCGGUGGCGCUGCCGCGGCUGCUGCCGGCGCCCUGGCUAGCCGCUGCCGCAGCCGGUCGCGUGGUGGACUGGCAGCACGACGCCGCCGCCGCUGCCGCCGGCAUCGAUCGGGAGUGGCUGACGCAGCUGUGGAUCUGGAUCCGAGCACGCACGGCGGCGGCGCCGGCUGCCGGCGGUCCUGGUGCUACUGCCGGCGGAAGCGGCAGCAGUAGCAGUAGCGGCAGUGGUGUUCCGGCUGUAGCACACUUCCUAGGGCUGCCGCUGCUGCCGAUCACCGGCGGCCGGCUGGCUCCUCUGGCGGAUGCCGCGACCUGCACCGCCAUCCUGCCGCCCGCUGCUGCCGCCCUGCCGCCCGCCGCCGCCGCCAUCCUGCCGCCCGCCGCGCCCGCCUCUGCUCCAGAUUCGCCACAUGCAGCCGCCACCGCAUCCUCCACACCUUCCCAUCCACCACAACCGCAACAACCGCAACAACCGCAGCAAGCGCAGCAAACAACUCCAGCAACCGCCGACCCGGCGGGUCAGGUGUGUGAGCUGCUGACGCAGCUGGGGUUGCACAUCGUGGACACGCCCGCCUUCCCGGGGGAGUCCUGCCUGCCGCUGCCGGCGCUGCUCCGCGGCGGCCACGUGCUCCCCUGUGACGGCCCCGGCAUCCUGGCGGCGCUGCAGCACCUGUCCGCCGCCACCUGGGCCCGCGAGCAGCGCGUGCUGCAGCACCAGCAGCAGCAGCAGGCCGCAGGCGGGCGCCUGGCGGCGGCGGCCGCCGCCGCGGCGGCGGCGGCUGUCGCCGCCGCCAGCACUCUGGCUGACGGCGUGUCGGGUGCGCUGAGCGACAUGCCUCCCGCCGCCUCCGGAGCCGGUGGUGGCGGCGGCGGCUCUGCCGCCGCCGCUAGGCCGCUGCUGUCUGCGGCGCUGGCGGCGCGGCUGGCGGCGCUGGCCGCCGCCGACAAGCGGCUGCUCCGCGGCCUGCUGCUCACAGAGGGGUGCCUGGCGCUGCUGUCAGGAGGCGGCGGCGGCGCAGCACGGCAGCAGCAGCAGCAGCAGCAGCAGCAACAGUACCAGCUGCAGGACCGCCGGGCGCAGCCGCGGGCGCCCUCGGUGCAGAUGUCGGCUGCCGAGGGCCGGGCGCUCAUGCAGCUGCUGGCGGCACUGCCCAUCUACGAAACGGCUAGCGCCGCCGCCGCCGCCGCCGCCGGCACGUCGGCGCCGGCGUCAGCAGUGGUGGCGGCGGCGGCGGAGCCGCAGUUUGUGCCGCUGCUUAGCGCCAGUGGCGGCGGCCUGGGUCGUGUGGUGCUGCUGGCGCCGCGCGGUGUGGAUGUGGCCGUGUUGGCAGCGCUGCCGCAGGCGGCGGCGGGCGGCGCAGGCGCCCCCGGCGCGUGUGUGUUUGUGGUGGGCGGCAGCGAGGUGGAGGGGCGGCUCAUGUCUGUGCACCUGGGCGUGCGGGCCAUCAGCGCGGCCGAGACCUACAGGGUGUAUGUGGUGCCCGCGCUGCGCGCGCUGCCGCCCCGCCUGCUGCACGCGGCGGUGCUGGGGCUGCUGCGGGGGCUGCCGCAGCUGGGCGCACAGGACCGCGGCUUCCAGGCCUGGCUGGCGCAGGCGGCGUUCGUGCCCAACAACAGGGGCGAGCUGCACAAGCCCGGUGAGCUGUACGACCCCCGCAAUCCGGAUCUGGCGGCGCUCCUGGAUCCAGAAACCGAUUUCCCCUCCACCGAGCUCUUGAUGGAGGCCGCAGCGAGCGGCGGCGGCGGCAGCAGCAGCACUUCUGCUGCUGCAACUGCCGCUGCUACGGCUGCAGCCGCUGCCACCGGCAGUAGCAGCACCGCUGCUGCAGCUACAGCAGGGGCGGACAGCGGCAGUGGGGCGGACAGCGAUGGGCCCUCAGCCCGCCGGCGCGGCGGCGGCGGCGGCGAUGACGGCGCCGACGGCGGCGGCAGUAGCAGCAAUGGCGGCGGCGGUGGCGGCGGGGACGCGUCGCUGGUACUUUACAUGCUACAGCAGCUGGGCAUGCGCACGAGCGCCAGCAUGGACACGCUGCUGCGCGCGGCGCGCUUCGUGGAGCGUGUGGCGGACGCGGCGUCGGCUGCUACAGCCGCGGCGGUGGCGGCCACGGCGGGUGCUACAGCCGCCGCCGCGGCUGCGGAUGACGAUGAGGAUAUGGACAUGGCGGUGGCGCGUGGCAAGGCCCUGCUGGCGUACCUGGAGGCGGAGGCGGGUCGCAUCAUGGGACCUGUGACCGCGGCCGCGGCAGCAGCGGCGGCUGUAGCAGGCGGCGCUGGCGGCAGCAGCGGCAGUAGCACGCAGGGAGCUGCAGCCGGGGGCGGCGGCGGCAACGUUGCGCGCAAGCUGGCCGUGGGGCUGUUCUCCAAAGCUCGGGAGCUGUUCGGGCAGCAGGGCGGCGGCGGCGGUGGGGGAGGUGGAGGCGGAGCUGGCGGGCAAGAGCAGCCGGCGGCGUCCGAGGUGCAGAGCUUCUGGCAGGAGCUGGCCCGCAUCCGCUGGGUGCCGGUGCUGCAGGCGCCGCCUGCCGCCGGCCUGCCCUGGCCGCCUGGCCGCUCGCUGCCGCGCCUGGCGCCGCCGCGCACGGUGCGCCCCGCCGCCGACGCCUGGUUGUGCAGCGCCACGCUGUUCCUGGCGGCCGGCGAGGGCGGGCGCAGCAGCAGCAGCGCGCUGGCGGCGGGGCUGGGAUGGGGCGCGCCGCUGGCGGGGUCGGUGCUGGCGCAGCAGCUGCUGCAGCUGGGCGAGAUGCACGCACGUGUGUCGGACGCCGGCCUGAGUCAGGAGCUGGCGGGGGUGGUGCCGCUGCUGUACCGCUCGCUGGGGGCGCUGGCGCCGGCGGAGGCGGCGGUGGCGCGCGGGUUGCUGGCGGGCAGCCGCUGCGUGUGGGUGGGGAACGGCUUCGCGCCGGCCGGCCGCGUGGCGUUCAAGGGCUCGCUGGACCUGUCGCCCUGGCUGUACGUGCUGCCCGCCGAGCUGGCGCCCUUCAAGGCCCUGCUGCUGGGAUACGGCGCGGCGGAGGCCUUCAGCGCGGCGCAGUACGCCGCGUUCCUGCAGGAGAUGGCCGCCGCCACCGGCGCCGUCCCGGCCGGCGCCGCUGCGACGUCAGGCGCAGUGGGGGGCGCGGCUGCUACAGCCGCCGCGGCGGCAGUUGACGGCGACGACACGAGCGGCGGCGGCGGCGGCGCGCGGCCGCUGAGCGAGACGCAGCUGGGGCAGGUGGUGGCUGUGGCGCAGGCGCUGGCCGACCUGGCCCUGCCGCCCCACGCCGCCGUGUUCCUGCCCGACGAGCGCGGCGUGCUGGCGCCCGCGCCCGCCCUCGCCUUCAACGACGCCCCCUGGCUGGCGGGUCAGCCCGCCUCCGCCGCCGUACGGCUGGUGCACCCGCGCAUCAGCGCACACGUGGCGGCACGGCUGGGCACGCCCAGCCUGCGGCGGCUGCUGCUGGCGCAGAGCUCGGACAUGAUGGCGCUGGGCUGGGCGGGAGGAGGGGCGGGAGGAGGGGCAGGAGGCGGAGGAGGUGGGGUGGGCGCGGCGGAGGCGUUCGGGCAGAGCGAGGCGCUGACGACGCGGCUGCGGCACAUCAUCGGGGACUACCCCGAGGGACCCGGCGUGCUGACGGAGCUGCUCCAGAACGCCGACGACGCCGGCGCCUCCAGCCUGACGCUGCUGCUGGAUGAGUGCAGCUACCCCACCCGCUCCAUCCUGUCGCCCGCUAUGGCGGUGUGGCAGGGCCCGGCGCUGCUGGUGGCCAAUGACGCGGUGUUCAGUCCGGCCGACUUCACAAACAUCAGCCGCAUCGGGCAGGACUCCAAGGCCUCCCGGCCCACCUCCAUCGGCCGCUUCGGCCUGGGCUUCAACGCCGUGUACCACUUCACCGACCUGCCCGCCUUCGUCAGCGGCGACCACCUGGUCCUGUUCGACCCGCACGCCAAGUACCUGCCGGGUGUGAGCGCCGCCCAGCCCGGUCUCAAGAUCGCCUUUGCGCGGGCGCAGCUGCUGCAGCAGUUCCCCGACGCCUUCACGCCCUUCACGCAGCUGGGCUGCAGCCUGAGCGAGAAGUACAUGGGCACGCUGUUCCGCUUCCCGCUGCGCACGGCCGCCGCCGCCGCCGUCAGCGACAUCAAGUCCACCCCCUGCACGCCCGGGGAGGUGCGGGCGCUGCUGGAGGCGUUCAGGCGCCAACUGCCCGCCGCGAUGCUGUUCCUCAAGAACAUCCGCAAGGUCACCGCCUACGUCCGCGUGCCCGCCUCAUCCGCGCCGGCUACAGCCGAGCCCGGCGCUGCUACAGCCGCUACAGUCGCUGCAGCCGCUGGUGCUGGUGCUGCUGGCGCUGUGGGUGGCGGCGCUGACGCGGCGAGCUCCAGUCUGCAGCUGCUAUUUGAGGCGACGCGCGAGGUGGUGGACACCGCGGGUGGGGGUGGAGGCGGUGGUGGAAGCAGCAUGCUGCAGUCCGCCAUCACCAGCUUCAUCGCCGGCAUACCCUCCGACCCAACCGACCUCGCCACCUUCUACAAACGCCUGGCCGCCGCGCCCGCCUCCAGCCUGCCAAGCGAGCUGGGGCUCAUGCGCCUCAGCCUCCACACACACGCCUCCCCGCUGCCGCUGCCCCAGCGGGCCCUGCCCGCGCCCGCCGGCAAACCCGCGGCUGGGUCUGGUGCCGAUGAUGACAGUGGCCAUGGCAGUAGCAUCAAGCUGCAAGACAAGGCUGUAGCUGAGCGCUGGCUGGUGUGCAACGCGCUGGGCGGCGGCUCGGCGCGCGAGCUUGCGGUCAAGUCGUUCCGCGGCAGCGGCGCCAAGAUGGUGCCGUGGGUGGGCGUUGCGGCGCGGCUGGCGGCGGCGGACGUGGCAGAGCCGAUGCCGGCGCCGGCGGCACAGCUGGUAGCGGCAGGCGGCGGCGCGGAGGAGGAGAAGCAGCAGGAGGCGGCGGAUGUGAAUGCGCUGGACGGCCGGGCGUUUUGCUUCCUUCCGCUACCAAUCCGCACCGGGCUACCUGUGCACCUCAACGCCUACUUUGAGCUGUCCAGCAACCGCCGCGACAUCUGGUACGGCGGCGACAUGUCGGGCGCGGGUGCGGCCCGCUCCUCCUGGAAUGUGUCGCUGCUGACCGACGCCCUGGCGCCCGCAUACGCCCGACUGCUGGCGGCGGUGGCGGCGCAGGCGGGCGGGCCCUCCCCGCAGCUGUACAGGCUGCUUCCGCCCCUGGACGCGUCUGAGCCCUGGUCGCACUUGGUGUCAGCUCUGUACCGCUACCAGCUGGCGGAGCUGCCCAUUGUGUGGACGCGGGCGGGCGGCGGCCGGUGGAUCAGCCCCAGAACGGCGUUGUUCUCUGACGCCGCCUGCGCCAUCGAGCCGCUCCUGCGGCCACUGCUGGUGGCGCUAGGAAUGCCGCUGGCCUGCGACGUGCCGGCGGCGGCUGAGGCGGCCCUGCUGAGGGGGGUGCCCGGCGCCGCCGCCGUCGGCCCCGCCGCCGUGCGCCGCCAUCUGGCGAUGGCGUUGCGAGCCGCCGGCGGCGACGCGGCGUCGCUCUCACGCCAGAUCACUGCCGCGGCCUCAGCGGCGUCGACCGAGGUAGCGGCGGCCGCCAAGCUACAGCCGCCGCCAGCGGCGGUGGCGGCGCUACCGCCAGCUGCUACGCCGGCAUUUGGUACAGACGGUGGCGGCGCCGCCGCGCCAGCGGCGGCGCUGGCGCCGGUGGCGGCAGCUGUAGCAGUGCUGCUGCGCUACUGCCUGUCUGACCUGGACGACCUGACGGAUGGCGACAAUGGCAGCAGCGGCGGCGGCGGCACUCCCGGGAAGCAGCAGCAGUCGCAGCUGCAGCAGCAGCAGCAGGCUGCGGCUCAGCGGCUACAGCGGCUGCAGCAGCUACAGCAGGAGCUGGACGGAUUGCCGCUACUGCCGCUGGCGGACGGCGGCGUGGGCCGACUGCAGGCGCUGCUGCCGCCGCUGCCCGCGCUGCAGGGCCGGCCGCAGCCCACGGCCCAGCCGGGCACCGCCUCCGCCGCCUCCACGACGGCGGCCCAGAUCGCGCCGCGGCGGCUGCCUCCCGGCGCCCUGACGUACGUGCUGUGUGCGGCGCCGCUGGAGUCGCGGCUACUGGGUGGGCUGGGCGGCAGGUGCCUGGCGGCGGGGCUGCCGCCACAGCUAGUGUCGCAGCUUCAGCAGACCAUCGACUUGGGUCUGUUCAACGUGCAGCGGCUCACGCCAGGGCUGCUGGACAGCACACUGCUGCCGCUGCUGCUGCCGCCGGCCUGGCAGGGCGCGGCGGAGGUAGAAUGGGCGCCGCCCGCCCCUGCGGCAGCCACCGCCGCGACGGCAGCAGGCGGCACCGACCCUGUGGCUGCUGCGCUGCAGGCAACAGGGGCAGGCGCCGCAGCGGCCGCCGGAGUUUCUGACGGCGGUGCGGAGGUGCCUGCAACACUGGCAGCAGCCCCGCAGCAGCAGCAGCAGCCCUCUCAGGAGUGGGUGCGGCUGCUGUGGCGCUGGCUGGCCGAGCGGCCUGAUGUGUUGGAGCUGGCGACGUGGCCGGUGCUGCCCAUACAGGGCGGGCGGCUGGGCAUGCUGCAGAGCAAGUCGCUGGUGCUGCGGGAGGGCGGCUGGACGGAGGCGGUGACGUCGGCGCUGCUGCGGCUGGGCUGCCGGCUGCUGGACACGGCGCUGCUGCCCGCCGCCGCCUCCGCCGCCUCGCCGGCGCUGCAGGCAUGCGUGCAGCAGCCCGACCUCGCGGGCCUGCUGGCGGCGCUGGCGGCGGCCCGGUCGCGCGCCGGCGAGGGACCCGCCGCCGGCGCCGCCUCCUGGCCCGCCCGCCUGUCCGGCCUGACACCCGUGGAGCGGAGGCAGCUGCGCGCAUUCCUCCUGCAGGUCCGCUGGUUUGGGCCAACUGCCUCUGCUACUGCCGUUGCUGCAGCCGCCGGUGCUGGUGCGCUUGCUACAGCCGGCACGCUGUCGCCCGACCAGCUACAGCUCCUCCGCUCCCUCCCCAUCUACGAGGUGUACCCCAGCCCCUCCUCCCCCGCCUCCACCACCACCACCGCCUCUGCUACUGCCGCAGCGGCGCCCGCCGCCUCCUCUCCCUCUGCUACUGCCGGCCCAACCUCCGCCUCCGCCUCCGCAACCACUGCGUUGUUUACGGCUCUGGACCCAGCUCGUCACCGGCUGGCGCCUGCGGACACCGAUCCCCGCGUGCUGGGCCCGGCCUUUGUGCGCUUCGACAGCGGCGAGGAGGAGGGGCUGCUGGCGGGGCGGCUGGGGCUGCCACGGCUGGGGGCGGCGGCGCUGCUGGUGCAGCACGUGGGGCCGCAGGCCAAGGCUCUACCAUGCGAGGCACUGGCGGCGCACGUUGCCGGGCUGCUGCUGCGCCUGCCCGCGGCCGGAGCCGGGGCAGCAGCGGCAGGAGCCGGUGGUGCACUGGAGCUGCAGCAGCUGCGGCAGGCCCUGAGUGAGCAAGCGCUCAUCCCGACCGCCUCGGCUGAUGGCGAGCUGCGGCGCCCGUCAGAGCUGAUGGACCCCCGGUCGCCGGUGCUGACCUCGCUGCUUCCGUCCACCAGCGCCUUCUUCCCCGCCUUCCCCAACUCCGUCCUGGCAGCCUUCGCCCGCCCCGCCGCUUCCACCACCGCCACCGCCACGGCUGCUGCCUCGGCGCCUGCCGCCGCCGCCGCCACGUCCAACGAGGGCAUGGUCACAGUCCGGCUGCUGGACGCCCUGGCGGGCCUGGGCAUGGUGACUAAGGUUGACCUGGUCAACGUGCUGUUGGUCGCGGCGCGUGCGCUGCAUGACGAGCAUGCCGCGCUGACCACGGCAGCGGACGACGCCGCACAGCAUGCUCAGCGCGCGCAACAGCAGCAGCAGGCACAGCAGCGUCAACCUGCGGUGUUCCCGCUGCCGGGUAUCCAAGGAAUGGCCGGAGCCGCGGGGGCGUCGGCAGCUGGCAGCGGCGCUGGCGCAGGCUCAGCGGGGGUGGUGGUGGGCGAGGCGGAGCGGGCUGCCAAGGCGAAGGCGCUGCAGGCCCGCGGCCGCGCGCUGUUGCAGCAGUUGGAGCAGUGGGCGGCGGCGCACCCGCUGUCGCAGCGCCGGGGCGCGGCGGCGCAGGCGGGCGGGCCGGCGGAGGCGGCGGAGGAGGAGGCGCGACGGGCCUGGUCGGUGCUGACCGGACUGAGCUGGUGUCCCGUGGUCAAGGACGCGCCCGAACCAGGCCUGCCCUGGCCCGCCGCACCGCAGCCGCUGCUGGCGGCGCCGCGGCUGCUGCGCCCGCCCGCCGACGCCUGGCUGUGCAGCGCCACCCUGCACGUGGCGGAGCGGGCCGUGGCGCCGCAGCUGGCGGCGGCGCUGGGCUGGGAGGCGCCGCCGCGCGUGAGCGUGCUGGCGGCGCAGCUGUUGGAGCUGGGGCGAAUGCACGCCCACAAGCCCAAGCGCAUCGGGCUGGCGGCGGCGCCAGCGCCAGCGCCAGCGGAGAGUGAAAGUUCGCCGGUGGCGGCUGUGCCGCCGGCGAUUCCGGCGGAGGCCGUGGCUGACGCGGCGGAGGCAGACGCAGGGGCGGAGCCAGGUGCGGCAGCCGUGGACCCCGCAGUUGCUGCAGCGGCGGCAGCCGCAGCCACGGCAGCGGCGGUGGCGGAGCAGCAGCAGCAGCAGCACCAGGCCGCGGUGGCGGCGGCGCUGGCGGCUGCGAACCGCCUGGCUCAGUCGCUUGAGUCGGCGGUGGCUCGUCUGUAUGCGGCGCUGGGUGAGGCAGUGGACGGGCCGGAGGGGGACCUGGUGGCCAUGUCAUUCGAGCGACCCGACACGCCCUGCGUGUGGGUGGGCAUGACCAUCACGCCGGCCCCUGCCGCUCCCACGGCCCCCGCCAGUCCUGCGCCCGGAUCUGAGGGCACCGCAGGGGCGGUCGCGGCGCUGGUGGAGGUGUCGGGUGGGUUUGUGAGCCCGGCGGCGGCGGCGCUGCGCGCUGACGGCGGCGGCGACUUCCGGCCCUACCUGUGGCUGGUGCCGGAGCCCCUGCAGCGCCAUGGGCGGCUGCUGGGGCUGAUGGGCGUGCGGGACAGGUUUACGGCACAGCACUUUGCCUGGGGCCUGGCUUCCAUCGCCGCCGCGGCGGCGGGCGCCGCGCUGGACGACGACGGGCUGGCGGCGGCGCUGCAGCUGGCGGACUGCGCGGCGGAGGCGGCGGCGGCGUACGGGCGGCCGCCGGGCCACGGCGUGUUCUUCCUGCCCGACUCGGACGGCGUCAUGGCGCCGGCGCCAGAGAUGUUCUACAACGACGCCGAGUGGCUGGACCUGGCGGCCCGCGGUGGCGGUGUGCUGCUGGCGCACGCCGCGCUGCCGCAGGCCACGGCCGAGGCUCUGGGGGUGCGCAGCCUGCGGCACGCGCACGAGGCGGAGGCGCAGCUCACGUCGGCACUGCCCUGCCCCUCGCCCGCCGAGCUGCGGGAGCGGCUGGGGCUGGCGGCGCAGGGCGAGCCGCUCCCCACCUCCUCCUCCUCUGACGCCUCCGCCUCCGCGGCCGCUGCCGCCACCUUCCUGCUUGAGCUGAUGGAGCUGGCUGACGGGCUGGGGCUGCGCUGCCUGCGACUGGUGCUGGACGGCCGCAGCCACCCCGCACAGUCCCUGCUGGCGCCAGGGCUGGCGCAGUUCCAGGGCCCCGCGCUGUGUGCGGUGCUGCCGGAUGUGGUGCUGGGGCCGGAUGACCUGGCGGCGCUGCUGGCGGGCCGCGCCUCGCCGCCGGCGCUGAGGGGCGGCCGAGCAGCCGCCUACGCCUCCGCCGGCCUGGCGUCCGCCUUCCUGGUCACAGAGCUGCUGCAGGUGGUGGCAGGGACCUCAACCUACCUGUUCGACCCCAGCGGCGCCUACCUCGGAGCAGCAGCCGCCGGCGACAUCGGUGGCGCCGCGGGCAGCUACCCCGGCGGCCUGAGCCGCGCCGGCCGCGGCGCCGCAGGCGGCGGCGCGACGCCGCGCGCCAAGCAGUAUGUGCACGUGGGCAGCGACCUGCUUUCCACCUUUGCUGACCAGUUCAGUGUGUGGAGUUUCGCAGACGGCUACGACGUCCGUCACGACGUCAACGCCACGCUGCUACGCCUGCCGCUGCGGCGGGAGGCGGCGGCGGCGGCGGCGGCGGCGGCGGCAGCCGCUGCCGCACGCGGCGGCGCCAGUGGUGCCAGGCCGGCGGGAGGCGCAGGACAAGGCGGAGCAGGGGCGGUGCAGGGGCUGCGCGUUGGCGGCGGGCUGGCGGCGGCGACGUAUGAGGGCGUGGAGGCGGCUAUGCGCACCUUUGCCACGCAGGCGCCGCGCAGUCUGUUAUUCCUGCAGAGUCUGACCGGGGUGGAGGUGUCGCUGCUGCGGCCGCAGGCCGCCGCCCGCACGCCGCAGGCGCCGGCGGCUUCAGCCGCCUCCCCGCAGCACCAACCACACCAGCAGCAAUCCUCCCAGCAGCACCUGCACCGAGACUUCCUGUUGCAAGCAAGUCUGGUGUCGCUAGACAUCGACCGGCCGCGGCCCGACUUUGGCGCGGCGGCGGCUGCGGCGGCGCGUCAACGCGGCAGUGGCGCGCCGGCGGCCCUGGGCAAGAUGCUGUCGGCUCUGGGGCGCGGGCUGUCGGGCCGUGGCGGUGGCGGCGGCGACGGACCAAAGCAGUACAUGUGUCCUCUGGAGCUGCACGUGAUGGUGCACAACGCACUGCUACUGCCGCCCGCCGCCGAGGCCCCAGCCACCACCCCAGCGGCACCCGCCGCAACGCCCACCCCGCCGGCCGCCAGCGCUAGCAGCACCGGCACCGGCAGUAGCGGCACCGGCACCGGCAGUAGCGGCACCGGCACCGGCAGUAGCGGCACCGGCACCGGCAGUAGCGGCACCGGCACCGGCAGUAGCGGCACCGGCACCGGCAGUAGCGGCGCCAGCUUGCUCGAGGACGAGGGGGUUGCCGAGCUGGGCAGCACCUUGUACCGGGAGCGCUGGCUCAUGUCGGCGUGCCACGACGUGGAGGGCGUGCAGCUGCCCAUCGCCGCGGCUGCUACAGCCGCAGCCGCCGGCAUGGGCGCCCGGCCGGAAGCUGUAGCAGCCGUGGCGGUGUGCAUUGGCCGCGACGACACGCGCGACCUUUUCCCCGUCAGCGGCCUCUUCGCUCCAGUGUACCUGCCGGCGCCGCCGAUGGCUGCGGGCCGGUCUGGCAGUGGCACCGGCUUUGCUGCUGGCGGCGGCGGCGGCGGGCUGGCUCUGGGCCGCAUGCCGUUCCUGGUGUGCGGCCACUUCUACAUGUCGCGGCGCGGCGGCAAGCACGUGCUGUCGCCGUUCACGCGCAGCAUCUCAGCCGCCGCAGACGUGGCGUCUGGGCAUGCAGCUGCCGCCGCCGCCCACCCCAACUCUGCCAGCCACGGCCACCACCACGGCACGGGUGGAGGGGGCUUGCAGCCCGGCGCUAGCGGCCCUACGGCGACGAUGGCGCUGCCACCGCUGCUACAGCACCGCUGCGACCACAACCGGCGAGUGCUGGACCUGGCCUCGGCGGCGUGGCAAACCCUGGCGGUCUACUUCUGCUCCCCCGAGCAGUACGCCGGCCCCCGCGCCCACUUGUACGACACCGUGUUUCCAGACAUGGCCGCCAUCACCGGUGCAGGUGGCGGCGCUACAGCCGCUACAGCCGCGACUGGUGCUACAGCCGGCGGCGCACCGGGUGCUGUGGCCGGCAGUAGCAGGGACGCCGCCGGUCCGGACGAGGCGGCCCUGUACUGUGUACGGCAGAUAUACGCGGCGGCGGCGCGGCUGCCGCUGUGGCGGCUGCGCACCGGCCGCUUCGUGCACCUGCCCGAGGGCUGCUUCCUGCAGCCCCUGCCCGCCCCCACCUCCACCUCGUCUGGCGGCGCAGCUGCUACAGCCUCCUCGGCUGCUACAGCCGCCAGUGUGCCCAACCCGCUGGCGGGACUGGGCCCAGCGGCCAUGGGGUUCAUGGCUCGGCAGCUGCCGCUGUUCGACGUCCCGUGGGCCAUCAAGCAGCACCUGGAGGCAGCGGACGUACACGGCCUGCGCGCAGUCAGCCCCGCCGUUGUGCGACCGCUGCUGCGGAACCUGGGCCGACGCGGCGGCAGCGGCAGUGGCAGCGGCAGCCUCACGUCCGGCGGCUCUGGAGGAGGCGCCGGGUUGGGUGUAGCAGGAGGCGGAGGUGGCGGAUUUGGCGGAUCUGGCGGGAAGCUGGUGUGGCCAGGGCUGACGGUGCUUGAGGCGACGGAGCUCCUGGUGUUCUGCUCCGGCGAUCUGGUGUUCAGCGCGGCAGAGCUGCAGCAACAACAGCAGCAGCAGGCGGAGCGGAGCCGGGCUGCGGCGGCGGCGGCCGGAGGUGGCGGCGCAGGGCUGACGGGGGCGGCAGCGGCGGGCACGGGCGGCGGUGGCCUGGCGGCGGCGAUGCUGGCGGCGGCGGGCGGUCGUGAGCUGUUGGACGACCUCACGUCCCAGGUCCGCAACGUGGUGGGCGACCUGGUGGGCCCCGCGCUGUACGAGCAGCUGCGCCUGCAGGCCCUGGGGCUCAUGCCGGGAGGCACCGCAGGCGCCGCAGGCGCAGACGACCCGGCCGCUGCCGCGGCGGCGGCAGCCGCCGCUGCCGCGCAGCAGCAGCGCGGCGCAGCCGCCGGCGCCCGGUCUGGCGGUGCGGCUGCGCCGCCGCCGGCUGCUGCGGCGGCUGCGAGGUAUCACGUAGCGCGGCUGCAGGACUGCAAGGGGCUGCCUGUGCCCACGGCGAGUGGCGGCGUGGAGGCGCUGGGCUCGGUGCCGCUGCUGGCGGCGCCGCCGCUGGGCGCGGCGGCGGGCGGCGUGUCCAGUCCGGCGGCGCUGCUGCCGCCGCAGUGCGCGGCGGAGUUCGUGCACCCCGACUGCGUCGCGAAAAUGACUGAACACUUCAAGGACCCUCAGUACCGCUCCAGUCUGGCUCUGCGGCUGUACUCACUAGACGACCUCGCCCGCCACCUGCGCACCGCCCUGCCGCCCGGGUACGACCACCCCAUGCCGCCGCCGCCCGCGCCCUCCCCUGCUACAGCCACUGCUACAGCCGCGCCGCUGGGACGGCCCUGGGACGGCGGCUACAGCUACAGCUACGGCGGCGGGCUGGGCGGCGGCGACGCCAGCGACAGUCCCAGCGGCAUGUGGCUGCGGCAGCUGUGGGCGCUCAUCAAUGGGCUGCUGGCGGCGGCGGCGGAAUGGCAGUCAGGCAGUAGCGGCAGUAGCAGCGGCAGCGGCUCAGAGGGGCGGCUUGAGCCGCUGGCCAACUGGCCGCUACUGCCGGUGCUGGGGCCGGGCGGCCCCCAGCCGGGGCUGCUACUGCCAGUGCGGCACGCCCGCCUGGCCAUCUGCCUGCCGCCGCCGCGGUCGCUGCCGGUGGCGGGCAAGGAGGGCGCUCAGGCGCACGCAGCGCCGGGUGAUGCUGCCGCGUCCUCAGAUGGCGGCGGUGCGGACACCGGCGCGGCCGCCGCCUCGGCAGCGGCAGGUCCCAUCCCGUCCCUGCAAGACCUGGCGCCCUCCCUCCCUGCGCCCUGGGACUGGCUGGCGCCUGCGCUGCACUGCCUGGGUGUGCCGCUGGUGGACCCGCGCUUCAACGCCGUCGCCGCCCGACACUGCGGCCCACAGCCCGCAGAGCUGGGACUGCCGCCCAGGGCCCUGGAUGAGGCAGCGGCGGUGGCCGCCGCGCCGCCGGCGUCGCUGCUGGCACGUGUGGCAGGCGCCGCCGCAGCGGCGGCGGGUGGUGGCGGAGGAGUUGGCGGCGGGGGUGGGGGUGGCGGCGGCUCCGCCGCUGCGGGCGCGGCUGUGUCGGCUCUGGUAUCCAAGCUGCGCCAGGUGGACGCGACGAUGGGCGGCGGCGCGCUGGCGGCGGCGAUGGCGGCGACGUGGGACGGCCGCACCCGCGCGGCGCUGCUGGGGCUCCUGGCUGAGGCCACUCCCAGCACGUUGGACCCAGCCGACAUCCUGUUCCUGCGCCGACUGCCCAUCUACCCCACACACGCGGGCACGCACACGGCCCUGGACGAGCCAUCCGCACAGCAGCAACAGCAGCAACCGCCCAGUGGAGGCGCCGCGGCCAGCCCGGCCCGCGGCAGCGGCCCUGCCGCCCACUCCGGGGCUGCGUCUGACGCCGCCACUACCUCCGCCACCUCUUCAGCGGUGGAGUCGGGCCCUGCGGUGUGCUCUCCUGAGCUGCUGCAGCUGGUGCCCGGCCUUGCAGCGGCGCUGCCUGCCUCCGUGCCCGCUCGGCUGCUGCUGCCGCAGCCGGGCGCGGCCCGCCUGUACGGGCUGCUGGGCGUGGCGUCCCUGGCCGCCGGCGCCUUCCUGGGCGGUGUGGUGCUGCGGCCGGGGUCGGGCGUGUUUGAGGCGCUGCCGGACGGCGUGCGGGCGCUGCUGCUAACACACGUGCAGACCCACUGGAGCCGCCUGCGCGGCGAGGAGGCCUUGACGACGGCCCUUCGCGACACGGCCUUCGUGACCGCCGCCGACGGCGCCGCCAAGAAGCCCAGUGAGCUGUACGACCCCGAGCAGCCGCUGUUCGCCGCCGCAUUCCUGGGCUGCGCCGUGUUCCCCACCGACCAGUUCGCAUUCCCCGCGUGGCUGGCGCUGCUGAGGGAGGUGGGGCUGCAAGCCAAGGUGACGCCGGCGGCGUUCGCGGCGGCGGCGGAGGCGGUGGCGAGCCGCGCAGCCGCGCUGCACAUGGGACUACCGCGGGAGGGCCUGCCCGAGGACGGAGACAGCCUGGAGGACCCCUUCCUUGCCAGCGGCGCCUCCGAGCUGCCGGCGGCGGUGGCGGGCGCCCGCGGCCGCGUGUGGGCGGCGGCGGAGCAGCUGUGCGCACACCUGGCGGCGCAGUCGGCGGCGCCGCCGCUGGCGACUGCGGGCCGGGAGUGGUGGGCGGCGUUGGGGCGCACCGCGUUCGUGCCGGCCACACUGGGGCUGCCGGGCAGCCGCCGGGUGCGCCAGGUUCUGACCAGGUACUCUGACGCCGCCGCCGCCUCCGACUGGCCGCUGGUGUGGUCGGUACUGCCGCUCGUGGCGCCAGACAAGGCGCCGCCGGCCGCUGGCGCCGCCGCCGCCGCCGGCUGGUCGCAGCUGCGCAUCAAGUCGCCGCCGCCAUUCGCCGCCGUGGCCGCACACCUACGCCGCAUCGGUGCCGACGGAGGCGAAGAGGCGCUGGGCUCUUGGCCCGCCGCCGCCGGGGGCGUGGAGGAGGCCUUCCGGUCCGUGCUGUCAUACCUAGACCGGGAGGGCGUGUCGGGGGCGCGGGGGGCGGCGCUGCGGGAGGUGUGUUUCGUGCCGGUGGCACGCGGCACGGCGCUGGCGGCGCCCUCCCGGCUGUAUGUGCGGCUGCGCGGCGGCGAGCUGCCGCCGUUCGCGUACGAGGUGCCGCCCUCGCUGUCGGCCUUCACGCCAUUGCUGAGAAGCCUGGGGGCGCAGGACGAGCCGCGGCCUCAGGACCUGCUAGAGGCGCUUCGCGGCAUGGCGGCGGCGGCGGGCGGCGCACCACUCAACGCCAACCAGCGCGCCGCCGUCGUACGGCUGCUGUGCCAGGUGGCGGGCGCGGCGGGCGUCGCGGCCGGGGGGGCCGCGGGGCCGGGCGGCGGCGCGGCCGGCAUGGGCCACAGCGCGGCUGAUGUGGCAGCCCUGGCGGCGGCGCGGCGGGAGAAGCGGCUGCUGGUGCUGAGUGCGGACGGCAGGCUGGUGCCGGCGCACACGGCCGUGAGUGUGGGCGCCUCCUCCGCCGGCGGCUCCGCGGGCCGUCUGCUGGGUCGCCUGGACCCGCGCUGCCUGACGCUGGCGCACCCGGGGCUGCCCGAGCCCGUGAGCGCCUGGCUGGGUUGUCCGCGGCUGAGCGACGUGGCGGAGGAGCGGCUGGACCCGCAGCAUGGACUGCAGCCCGUGGAGGAGAUGCAGGGCAUGACGCUGCGCGACGCCCGCGCGCUGCUGGCCUCGCCCGCCUUUGUGGCCGCCUGCCACAGCAUGUUGCGCGCACACGCGCCCGUGCUGCGGACCGGCUUUGCCACAGCCGCUGCUCCCGCGGACACCGGCACCACAAGGAGCGGCCCUGCUACAGCCGGCUCCGGCUCUGCUGCUACUGCUGCUGGUGGUGGUGGCGCUUCUACUGCCCCGGGCUCGAUGCACGAGGUGGCGGCGCUGCUGCGCAGUGCGGCGGGGCGGCUGCUGUUCGUUCGCAGCCUGCGCACCGUGGCGGUGCUCAAAGCCACUGGCGCGCAGCUCAGCCCGCAGGCCGAGGCCUCGCGCGUCACCUACGAGUUCAUCGAGGCGCCGUCCACAACCGCCGCCGCCAGCAGCUACGGCGGCGGCAGUAGCAGCAGCCUUGGCCGGAUCCUGGUGGCCGAGCCGCCGCCUUACCUGCAGCUAUCGUGGCUGCUGUCGUCAGUCGUGAGCCGCGUGCUGGGCUGCCCGCACCCCGUGGUGCUGCCCCUGGAACCCCUGUUCACAACCCCGGCGGCGCAGCUGUCCGCGCUACAGCCGGUGCUACUGCCGGGCGGCUGGGACGAGCGGCUGGAGAGCGCGGCUGUAGCAGGCACGCCCGGCACGCCGCUGGUGCCGGCCGACGCGGCGCUGCUACAGCUCAAGCCGUUGCGCCGCUACUGCGCCGGCGAGGUGGUCGCCUAUCAACGACAGGUGGCGGGCGGAGUCGGCGGUGCUGACGGCGGCGCCGGCGGCGUGGCGGCAGCCGCCGCCGCUGCCGCAGCGGAGCGGCGCUUCCAGGCGGCGGCCGCCGGUGGCGCAGGCGGCCUUGAGGCCGGCCUGGGGUCGGCUGUAGCAGCUGAGGGCAGCGCCGGCAGUAGCAAUGGCACUGGCACUGGCAGUAGCAGCAGCAUGUGCUAUGGCCGCGUUGCGGCGCAUUGCUCGCCAACGGACUCGGGCGCGGCGGGAGGGGCGGCGGGAGGUGCCGGGGGCGUGUACCGUGUGCUUGUGGAGACGGAGCCGGGCAUGGUCACGCCGCUACUGUCCACACAGGUGUUCUGCUUCAGGAGCCCGACGGGCCAAGGCGACGGCGCAAGCGGCGGCGCAGCCUCUGCCGAAGUGCCGCUGCCCCCAGCCAACGCCAGCACCAGCGCCAGCGCCGCCACGUCCUCACAGCAGCAAUCCAGCACGGCACCGCACCCCGCCUCUGCCGCAUCCGCAGCUGCUGCCGCUAGCGCUGCUUCUGGCGGCGCCGUGAGCGCGUCGGAGCUGGUGGCGGCGGUGCGUGACGUGCUGGGGGCGGCGGGGCUGCCGCUGGACCCGGCGGCGGGGGCGCUCAUGGGCCGCGUGGCGGAGCUGCAGUCGGAGCUGGCGGGAGCCAAGGCGCGACUGGGCGAGACCCAGCGGGAGGCGGAGUCCGCAGCCGCUGAGGCCGAGAACGCUCGCUCCGCGUGGCAGUGCAAGAUCUGUUUCAGCCGCGACGUGGAUGCCGCAUACACCGGCUGUGGCCAUGUCAUCUGCGCCCGCUGCGCCGCCGCCACCGCCACCAACCGCUGCCCCGUGUGCCGCAAGCCCAGCCCAGCCCUGCUGAAGCUGUACCGGGCGUGAGGAGCAGGCUGCGUUUGCAAUAGCAAUAGGAAUGAGGGAGUCGGAAUGGGAGAAUCUAUGGGCUAGGCGUGGGUGGUUUGUGAAAGGGAUGCGGUAGUGAGAAGGCGGAAGGGGAAGCUGCAGAGCCCUGGAGUGGUCCUGUGCGAACUGCUGCGAUUGCAAUGCGAGCCGAGACUGACCCGGGGGCCGGGGCACUUCGCGUGUGCCUGGAGUAACCACUGAACCGCAUGGCCGUUUAGGACGCGGUGAUGGUCGAUUGGUCAUCUCAUUAUGGGCCAUGCGGCCCCAGGUGGACCACGGCGUGGGUGCACCGAUGUGCCAAG